GGUUCGGAGAGACCAUCCGCAGGGGGAGAGGGGGAGAGACCAACUUGGGAGGGGCUCCCCAACCAUGCCGACCACCUGCUCUGCCUGCAGCGCCAGCCCAGCUGCCCUGCGGCGCCCCAAGACGGGCCAUGCCCUGUGCCGCGCCUGCUUCCUGGCGGCCUUCGAGGAGGAGACACACCAGGCCAUCGUGGCCGGGCAGCUCUUCCGGCCCGGCGAGACUGUGGCCAUCGGUGCCUCGGGUGGCAAGGACUCCACGGUGCUGGCCCACCUGCUGCAGCUCCUUGAUCAGCGCCACGGCUAUGGCCUGCGUCUGCUGCUGCUCUCCGUGGAUGAGGGCAUCGCUGGGUACCGCGAUGCCUCCCUGGCCGCUGUGCGCCGCCACCAGCGCCGCUCCGGCCUGCCCCUGCAUGUGGUCUCCUACCACCAGCUCUACGGCUGGAGCAUGGACCGCAUCGCCCGCCACCUCGGCCCCCGCAACAACUGCACCUUCUGCGGCGUCUUCCGGCGCCAGGCCCUUGACCGGGGCGCCCUGCUGAUGGGUGCUGACAAGAUUGCCACAGGCCACAACGCAGAUGACGUGGCUGAGACGGUGCUGAUGAACUUCCUGCGGGGUGACGUGGGCCGGCUGCGUCGGGGGGCAGGAGCAGGGCCAGCAGGGGGGGAGGGGGCUGUGCCCCGCUGCAAGCCCCUGCGCCACGCCUACGAGAAGGAGAUCGUCCUCUAUGCCUACUUCCAGGACCUGGACUACUUCAGCACCGAGUGUGUCUACGCCCCCCAGGCCUACCGCGGCUACGCCCGCGCCCUGCUCAAGGAGCUGGAGGCCGCCCGGCCCAGUGCUGUGGCUGACCUGGGCCACUCGGGCGAACGGCUCUCGCUGCGCUCCGACCUCCGCAUGCCGUCCCGCGGCACCUGCCAGCGCUGCGGCUACGUUGCCAGCCAGCCCCUGUGCAAGGCCUGCGUCCUGCUGGAGGGGCUUGACCGCGGCCUGCCCAAGCUGGGCAUCGGCAAGCACCGGCGCCUGCGGGAUAAGCUGCGGGACGGGCAGCCCCUCACCCAGGAGGAGCGCAGGCGCCUGGGGGCUCCGGCCGAGGAGGAGCCGCCGGAGGAGCAGGCGCCUCGAGAGGAGCUGGAGACAGACAAGGAGCCGUGGGGCAGACAGGAACUGAGGGGCCCACGGGACCUGGACUUCUGAAGUGGUGUGGGGCGUGCCACUGAGAACAGCCAUGCUCCUGUCCACAGCCCCGCUAGGGGGCGGGGGCGAGUGGGAUCCAGUGCGAUACAACAGGGGAGAUGGGAGCCAGGACUCUUGCAUUUCUCCCUGGCUCUGGAAGGGGAGUGGGGUCUUGUGGUUAGAGCAGAGGGGACUGGGAGCCAGGACUCGUGGGUUCUAUUUCCAAGUCACUGUGUGACUAGGUAAGUCACUUUUACCUCCCCGUGACUCAGUUGCUCCCUCCCAGCCCCCUAGAAUUGAGAUAAUGCAGCUUAUAUUUUGUAAACUGCUUUGAAAGCUGGUUAUGAUAAGUGCUCGGUAUGAAGAAACGGCUUAUGGUUCUCUUCUGUACCCGGAGAUUACAAGGACAUGUGAAAGAGCUGAUAAUAAAACCAUUUGCUGAAGAAGAAAUCACGUGGUAAACAGCCUCUCUAAUCUUUGGCAAUCACAUAACAAAAGGCAGACAGGCCCUUAAAAACUAAAAACUUGGCUCACAGGUUUAAACUCAGACAGGAA